GAAGGUUCCGGAAGCCGAGUCCGGUUUGAAUGCUCUAGAAGAACUAUUUAACAGUGUCCUAAUAAGAUGUGUGGGACCUGUACCUAAAGCAAGAAGAGGGAAUCAAUAUCUUUUAACAACUAUGGAUGCUUUGACAAGAAUUCUUGAGGCAAUGACUUUAGAGAAAAUUAUGGUGGAACAGUAGUACAAGAAGCUGGCAUGCCUAGUUCCCUUCUAUGGGCUGUGGAUGUACAUGGAAGAGUUUAUAGCCUCUCUACAGCUGGACAGUACUGGGAGUUGUGCAAAGAUGAAAGCUUACAAUUUAAGAGAUUGGCAGCUGUUAAGCAGUGCUGCUGGGGAAUUGCAUGCGACCAUCAGAUCUAUGUCUACGUCCAUUCAAGUGAAGUCCCAAUCCAUUACCAAGAAGAGACCUAUGAAAAUCAGCGAUGGAAUCCUGUGGAUGGUUUCAGUGACCGCCUUCUACCCAGUGACCGCUGGCAAUGGAGUGAUGUUACAGGUUUGAUCCAUCAACCACUAAAUGAGUUUAAACUUGCUUCACCGCAAUGGGAGUGGGAAUCUGACUGGUACGUGGAUGAAAAUAUUGGAGGAGAGCCAACAGAAAAAGGGGGUUGGACAUAUGCCAUUGAUUUUCCUGCCACUUACACAAAAGACAAGCGGUGGAAUUCUUGUGUGCGUAGACGGCGAUGGAUCCGAUACAGAAGAUACAAUGCAUGUGACAUGUGGGCAAAGAUUCCUUUACAAGAGACUGGACCACUGCCAGAUCCCUUUAAUGAUAUUGCAGUAGGAGGAUGGGAAAUCACUGAUGAACCUUUAGGACAUCUUUCAGUCUGGGCAGUAACAGUACAAGGAAAGGUAUUCUAUAGAGAAAAUAUAAAUGACCAGAAUCCUGAAGGUUCUAUGUGGACUGAAAUCCAGACUCCUGGGGAAGUAGUUCAGAUAACUUGUGGACCGGGAGAUCUUUUGUGUGCUGUAUUAUGGGAAGGUCAGCUGAUUGUGAGGGAUGGAAUAAACAGAGAGAAUCCUAAAGGGAGUUCUUGGAAGAUUGUUGAACCACCAAACUCUGAAAAUGGUCUUGUUCAGGUAUCAGUGGGCGUUAAUGUACUAUGGGCUAUCACACGGGACAGAAGAGUCUGGUUUCGAAGAGGUGUCUGCUCUGAGAACCCUGUAGGAACAGGCUGGAUUUGUAUGAAUAUAGAGAUGGUAAUGGUGAAUGUGGGAUUAAAUGAUCAGGUUUGGGGAAUUGGUUAUGAAGAUCGUAAUAUUUAUUUCCGUCAUGGAGUGACACCAACUGAAUACAGUGGAAAAGCUUGGAAAAUAAUAGUAGCUAGCAGAGAGCAUGACCGAGCUUCUCGUACAGGCAGUGCUACCAGUCUUGCAAGUGCUGGCUGUUUCUUUGGUGAUGAAGUUAGGUUGCCAUCACAAGUGUCCAUUAGUAGCGAAGUCGAUUUCUCCUCAGAAAUGGACAAACUGGCAAAGAAAACUGAAAACAUUCUCGAAACAAUUGGUGAGCGUGCAAGAUGUCCCCAUGCCAGUGGAGAUGGAGAUGGAGAUGGAGAUGUUGCUUCCAGUCCUGACAUUGAGAAAAAAUGUGCUGAUGUUGCAAAUGUAUUUGAGACCAUCCCUUUAAUGGGAGCAUCUUCAGAAAAAUGGGUGCAACCUGUUGCUAAACCAUCUGUUUCCCAAGCUCCAUAUUUGACGGACCAAGGGGGACCUUUGCAGGAUGGUGCUGAAUUGAUUAUUGCUCAUUCAAUCUCAAACACAAUGAGCUCAGACCCGGCUGAAACAUCCAGUGUUUCUUCUGUAGGCACCUAUCCUUUUGGAAUUGAAGAGCACUACGUGUCUGAUGAGCACCCACUCUGGGCCUGGCUCAGUGGAGGAGGUUGUGAAGUAGAAGCUCACACCCAGCUGAACUGGUUCACUGCCCAGUCAGGACAGCCAUUUUCUCAGCUGUCAUUCUCAAUGCCUAUUAGCUGCACCCAGCAGACAGUUUGGCGGAAACAGAUAAUUCAUCAGUUAACUGAACGGUCCAAACGGGAGCUGGAGGAUUUUAAACAUUAUGAGCAAGCAGUUGAACAGUCCAUAUGGAUAAAAAAAGGAGCAAUGCAGUGGUGGAGAGAUGGAAAGCCAUACAAAUGGAUAGACGUCAGGGUAGCACUGGAACAGUUUACAGGGAAUGAUGGAAAACGGGAUGGGAUCUUUUUCAUUUACUACACAUUCAAUGAUGAGAAGAAGUACCUUCACAUGUUUUCAAAUGAAAUUACAAUUUUGGUUCCGAUUGCUAAUGAAACAAAACACUCAUUUGCUAUUUAUACUCCUGAGCGGACAAAGCAGAGAUGGCCAAUCAGGUUGGCAACAACUACAGAGCAAGAAAUGUAUGACUGGCUCGCUGUCCUGAGUUUAGCAUGCUGUGACAGUAGAGAUCUCCAUGGACCCCCGUCUAACCAGGCCCUUUGGUCUGUCACAUGUAAAGGAGAUAUCUUCGUCAGUGAGCCAACCCCGAAUUUGGAAGCAGCACAACAUCCUUUGCCAAGUGAUCAAUUGUAUUGGCGUCAGAUUGGAGGACAUCUCCGUAUCAUUGAAUCCAACAGCCAAGGAAUUGUAUGGGGCAUUGGAUAUGAUCACACAGCCUGGGUUUACACUGGUGGAUAUGGAGGUGGCUUUUUUCAAGGUCUGGCUAGCAGUACAGAUAAUAUUUAUACACAAGCAGAUGUGAUGUGUGUUUACGUCUACGAAAACCAGCGUUGGAAUCCUGUUACUGGAUACAGUAGUCGGGGACUGCCAACCGAUAGGUACAUGUGGAGCGAUGCAUCAGGUCUGCAAGAAUGUACCAAAGCACACACCAAACCUCCUUCACAGUGGACUUGGGUUUCUGAUUGGUAUAUUGAUUUCAAUGCUCCAGGAGGGACUGAUCGGGAAGGAUGGCAAUAUGCAGCUGACUUUCCUGCCUCUUACCAUGGUUAUAAAACGAUAAAAGAUUUUGUGCGACGCAGACGAUGGGCAAGAAAAUGCAAAAUAGUUACGACAGGUCCCUGGUUUGAGGUUGGACCUGUUGCACUCCGGGACAUUUCACUGAUUCCAUGUGUAUCUCAGAAGGCAGAUGAUGCAUCAGCAUUGUGGGCCAUUAGCAGCAAAGGAGACGUCUUGUGUAGACUGGGAAUAACUAAGCAAAAUGCACUAGGUUUAUCAUGGCUGCACAUUGGUACAGAUCAACCAUUUGCAUCAGUGUCUAUCGGUGGCUAUUACCAGGUUUGGGCCAUUGCCAGGGAUGGAGCAGCUUUUUACCGUGGUUCUGUCUCUCCACAAAAUCCUACAGGGGAUUGUUGGUACCACAUUCCACCCCCUUCCAAACAGAAGCUGAUACAAGUGUCUGUGGGCCAGACAUCUGUUUAUACAGUGGAUGAAAAUGGUAAUUUGUGGUUUCGCCAAGGUAUUUCUCCAAGUUAUCCUCAAGGAUCGUGCUGGCAGCAUGUUUCUACUAAUGUUCGCAAAGUGUCUGUAGGUCCUCUUGAUCAGGUUUGGAUAGUUGCUGAUAAAGUUCAGGGCAGCCAGAGCUUGAGUUGUGGCACGGUGUGUCAUCGAAUGGGUGUCCAGCCACGAGAGCCCAUCGGUAGCGGUUGGGACUACGGUAUUGGAGGUGGCUGGGACCAUAUUACAAUCAGAGCAAACUCCAUGGAAACUUCUCAUAAUCCUGUUUCUAUGGCAUCUGAUAAUGCACCAAUGAAUUUGCCUAACCAAGAUGGAACUGUUGGUGAUAAUUCCAGAGGCAAUUUAAUAGUCAGUGAACAAUAGGAACUUAAUGGACAUGCUGUUAACUGCUGACAAUUUGUACUUUAAUUGUUGUGUAUUCUAUUUGGCGGUGUUAUCAGUUUGGUACUGAUCUUCUGUAAAUCAUCUGAGACUGUUUCCUAUCGUAAAUAAGUAGAAUAUUCUUGUAAUGUUUCUCCAUUAGUAGUGCUUCGCUGUCACUCCAGUUGUACUGCACUUUUCACAGAGAAAAGGUUCUCACUUUGUGGGAAAUUGAGCACCUGUGCAGUUACUUCAAACUGUGCAAUGCUUAAAUGUUCGCAAUCCAACUCAAUAUGUUGCAUUCCAUACCAAUUUCAUGUUAAUCAGACUGUGUUACAUGUGUAAUUCAGUCUUUUUCCAGGACUGAAAGCCCAACAAUGCAUUAAUCUAAAUAAUUUAAGGACAGUGUCUCCUACUGGAUCAGACAGUGGUUCUGUUAACAUCAUCACACUGACAUGUAUGGGACAACUGGCAUACCGCCUGUAAAUCUGUAAAAAUUAAUUGCCAUGCAUUGUCUUGAUCCCUGAUUAGCAAUUUUUUUUCUGAUCCAGUAGAUUCUUACAUUGUUCCUGAACUAACUGAGAACCAGUGCCACCUUUAAAUAUUUGAUUGAACCCAAAACCAUUAGUUGUAAAAUCCAGUUGUCUUGAUACUAACUAGCAGGGAGAUGAUGGGGUGAUGAUUGGAUUAUGAUAGAAAGUUUCACAGAAAAAUCACUGUUGUUACAAUGAGAGAUUGGUAGAUUUAUACUCAAAUAUUAUCUUCAUCUUUACAUGGAAUGAAUAGCACAGAAUGAGCCAUUCAGAAUUACUGGUCUAUGCACUACCCAAGAACCACCUCCUGUCCCACUUCAUCUCAACCUCUAUUCCUUUAUUUACUCUAAAUGCAUCUGUUAUCUGGCUCCAUGUUGCAGGUUCCACAUUCUCAGCAUUCUCUGGGGAAAGAAAUUUAUUUGAAAUUCCCUAUUAGAUUUAUGGGUGACUUUUUUCUGCAUUUUCUCUUCCAAUAACGGACUCCCCUGAAGGUUAUUAAAACUUGUUGACUUAUAGUUUCAUAUUUAUAUUUGUAUUUUAUUUAUAUAAAUUUGCCUGAAUUACUCUGUGCCCAAUUUUUACACCCUGCUUCAUUUACAACAGCCACUAAUUCUCCCCUCCCCAUUAAACGCCCCUAUAUUUAACAACCACAACCAUUAACACCCUACUCUAAUUUACACCACCAUCCACUUCUAGAUACCUACUAUAAUAUCCCAAAUUUAUAUCCUCCACCAACUUUUGCCCCCAUUUGCCUCCUAUUUUAAAGCUCUCUAUUUACAACUUCAUUAUCCAUUUAUAUCUGCUUCUCUAAUUACAGCUGGCCCAAUUUUGCUUUCCAGUGACUUCAGUUCAAUGCAACCAGCUGCCACAUAUUAAAAUCACACCUUUACUCUUUGAGCUUACAUGUAAAAUUUUUCUAGAGUCAGGAUUGGAGACUUGCUGCAGGAAAGUGUGCUCCAGGAGUAGAUGGCAAAGCAACAGCAACUGGGAAUGGUAGAUGUGAUAUUGCUGCUAAAUCACAAGUUUGUUCACACAGGAUGUUUUAUUAAUAGUUGGAGGAUAUUUUACAAUGGUUCAUCUUGUGGCAUUGAAAUGCCUAAGCACUGUAUGUUAAAAAGGAUGAGAUCAGUGCGGUAGGAACAACCUGUCCUUUUGAACUACUGACCCAUAAACUCUACAUUACAAACCCAGUUUGGAAAAUAACAUGCAACACACAUUGGAAACCUUGAACAUUUCAGCUCACAAAGAAAUUAAACCUUGUUAAAACAUACUGAAAACAGGACAGAUAAAAGGAACAGUUGCAUAGUUACAGGGAACUAUGCAGAUGAUACAAAGAUAGGUAGAGGGACAGGUAGCAUUGAGGAAGUGGGGAGGCUGCAGAAGGAUGUGGACAGGUUAGGAGACUGGGCAAAGAAUUGGCACAUGGAGUACAAUGUGGACAAGUGAGAUCGUGCACUUUGGUGGCAAAUAGAGGCAUGGACUAUUUUCUAAAUGGGGUGAAAAUUCGGAAGUCUGAAGUCCAAAGAGACUUAGGGGUUUUAGUCUAGAAUUCUCUCAAAGUAAACUUGCAGAUUGAGUCAGUAGUUAGGAAGGGAAAUGCAAUGAUGGCAAUUAUUUUAAGAGGACUUGAAUG